CAUGUGGCCAAGUAAUAUCUUCUUCGUGUGGAUCAUCAUGUUGGUGGCCGCUUCCCGGGCUGAGAAGGAGGUGACGAGCAAGUCCCAGGUGUGUGCCAACGUGUUCUGCGGAGCCGGCCGGGAGUGCACCGUGACGGAGAAGGCAGAGCCUGUCUGCCUGUGUAUCGAGCAAUGCAAACCCCACAAGCGGACUGUGUGCGGCAGCAAUGGCAAGACCUACCAUAACCACUGUGAGCUGCAUCGGGAUGCAUGUCUCACAGGCUUGAAGAUCCAGGUGGCCCGUGAUGGACGCUGCCAAGAGAAGAAAAUAGACAAAGGCAAGGCAAGCCCAAUUGUCUGUUACCUGGGAGACCGCAAUGAGUUGCGCGGUCGUAUCAUCCAGUGGCUGCAGGCUGAGGUGGUCCCUGAUGGCUGGUUCUCCAAGGGCUCCAACUUCUCUGACAUUCUACUGAAAUACUUCAAGGAGUAUGACAACGGGGACUUGCAGCUAGACUCCUCUGAGUUCCUUAGGUUCAUCCAGCACAAUGAGACUGCAAUCAACAUAACUUCUUUUGCAGAUGAAGAGAGUAACCGCCUGCUUAGGAAUCUAUGUGUGGAUGCACUUAUUGAGCUGUCAGAUGAGAACGCAGACUGGAAGCUUAGUUUCAGUGAGUUUCUCAACUGCCUGAUGCCUGGAUUCAACCCUCCGGAGAAGAAGUGCGCCCUGGAAGACGAAACAUAUGAGGAUGGGGCCGUAACACAGGUGGAGUGCAACCGCUGUGUCUGUGCUUGUGGGAACUGGGUGUGCACCGCCAUGACCUGUGAUGGUAAGGAAAAGGUUGCAAUGGAGUUAGAAGAAGGUGUUGACCUGGAGAUGACUGAGGAGGAGUGGACCAACCGUGUGGCAGAGCUCAACAAGUAUCAGGAAACUGUGGAGAAGAUGAAACUGAGCAUGAAGGAGGUCUAGAAGGAGACCUGCACUGAAAGGUGCAGGUGCAGAGGAGAAUCUUUCUCACUGCGAUAACACCACAUAAAGUGCAAGCUUGACCAUUUGUACUGUUGCUGAGAUCACUACGAGUUUCACUAUCGAUUUUAUAUGAUUGUCACUUAUUACAGAUGUUUGAAAGUUUUACUGUUUCACUUGCUGUAUGUUAGAAGUAGAAGACUGUAACUGAUAGUUCAUUGUAAAAUGCUAACAUUUCACUGUGUAACAGCAAGCCCUGUUAGGGUAGCCAAAGUACUUUAUCUGUAGCCUUAUUUCACAUCUUUGUUGUCUAGACAAGAGCAACUGUAAAGAAAGAAACCUAAUCAAUGGACUGAAACAGGAAGAAAAGCGUAAAACAGUUGGAAAAUAGUAAUAGGAUAAAUUAUUUAAGUGGUUUUUGCAUGACGUGAUCUCAGAACACUGUUUAUUCCAAUCACCUGCUAAGAAUGAGACAAACAUCUAUACAGUUCAUUGUUGUUUAGCAGGUUUACCAGUUCAUGCAACUCCAAACUCAGGAUGUGCAAUUAUGAAGAAUCAUGUCCAAAAACAACUGCAGCCACUCUCUGGAUAAUGACUCUUUCCAUCUGUUGUAUGGGUUACUUGCCUGACUCUGCCUAACUGAAAAACAGAGUGUGGAUUUGACAGUUCCCCAUCAGAAUUUUGUUGUGUUGCUUGAGACAGGGAAGACUUAUGAAGCUGGCCAGAGUGUCGGGGUCCAUUCCUACGCAAGGUCAGCAGCGGAGAGUGCAUUCCUUUAGAAAUGCAGUCUACAUAUUGGUGACAUGUUAGAAAAAAUUUGAAUCCCUGAAGGAAUCUAGAAUGUCACUUUAGGUUGUAUUUUAGGUACUAAUAGACAGUCAAAUUUGAUCUGUUUUCCAAGCAAAAUUCUGUGUCUUCAGCCUUCCUUAGAUGUUCAAUUUACGGCAGUCCUGCUGUCUGUCAUUUACCUUGCUAUGCUAAUGACAAUAAUGUACCACUCUAUAGCAUAUGAUGCUGUAACAGUUCUUAUGCCUCAUUAGAAUUUCUAAUGCAUACAUACAGUACACAAUUAUACUGAGUGCACACACAGCAGGGUCGGGGGGGGGUCAUAUUCCUGAAUAUACAAGUACAGUGCUAACAUUACACUACUACAGUACACUGGUGUACCUGAAUGUUAGCUUCUGAACGUAAAGGUUUUCCGUGCUUUGAACGAAUAACACUAUUAGUUUUGAUGGCAAUACAGGUUUAAACUGAUCAUCUUCAUAACAUCUGAGUGCUUCAAUGAGAGUCAGAUUGACAUGGGAUUGUGUUCAGUCACGUCCUUUUGGAUUUUGUUUACAACAUGCUGAACGCGGCACGUCAAGUGAAAAUGAUCACGCUAUUAAUACGAUGCACAAAGAUAUAUGAGCAGUGUGUAUAGGGUGUUGAUGGUAUGUGUAUACUGCAAUGUGAAUAUGUGUGGUUUUAAACAAAAGGGCUUUAAAUAUGUAAAUGGAUGGGAUUAGAAGAGAUGUAGAGGACAUCAUCAUCAAACCAAAGAUUUAGAUGAUGGCUUUCGUUCAAGACCUGCAGGUAGAGAUCAGUGCUCUGAACACAGCAGCUACUCAGUAUUUUAGUAUAUAAUUCUUCCUCGCAGAAUCUUUUCUUAAUGUGUGCUAAUGCCUUAGAGAACCUUGAACUUAUUAAUGAAUUAUGAGGAUUUGGAAGCUUGUCAUUUUGUCUGUAUUGUUUCAGGAUGUUUCCAUGUGUUUUUAAAAGGGUAGGGGAUUAAAAGGUUCAGUAUUCUUGUUGGAGCUUCACUUAUUGUUUAUAUCAUUUGCAUUAGUUUUACAGGUGCCAAUAAUAAAAGGACAAAAAUGGUUG